GAAGAUUUCUCCAACUGGGUCUAAAUAUCCCCCUAAAUGGGGAGUCGCAGGAGCGGAAUGCUGGACAGCUCCCGGAAACUGUACUCCAGCGUACCUUGCAGUAAUGAGUUAUCGCUCAAUGAGUUCGGUGCUGUCAAACUGAUUCAAGAGAAGUUUAAGAAGAGAGAGUGUGUGGCAUAUACCAUAGAUUCAGCAUCACAGGAUAGUAGAUGUAAGUGCGGUUACGACAAGAUCCAGCAUAUUCAAGGGACUCAGAUAAACCAGAGCAAUGAGUGGGACUAUCAGAAGCAUACGAAGGAGCUGCCCACUGAUGCAUAUGGGGAUAUUCAGUUUGAUGCCGUUGGGAGCAGAGGAAAGUACAUUCGCUUGUCCCGGGACACAACCCCGGAAACACUGUAUGAGCUGAUGACAAAACACUGGCAGCUUAAAACUCCGAACCUCGUCAUCUCAGUGACUGGAGGAGCUAGGAACUUUUCCCUGAAGCCGCGGAUGCGCAAGAUUUUCAGCCGUCUCAUUUACAUUGCACAGACCAAAGGAUCCUGGAUCUUUACAGGGGGCACUCACUAUGGCCUGAUGAAGUACAUCGGAGAGGUGGUCAGAGAUAAUACCAUUAGCAGGAGCUCAGAGGAGAAGGUGAUAGCCAUCGGUAUAGCACCUUGGGGAAUGGUCUCUAAUCGUGAGACCUUGAUCCGGACAUCCACCGAUGAGGGAAAUCAUGUGGCUCAUUACGUCAUGGACGAGCAGAAGCAAGACCGUCUCCACUGCCUGGACAACAACCACACACAUAUGAUCCUGGUGGAUAAUGGAUCCCAUGGACACCCAGCUAUUGAGGCCGAACUCCGAGCAUCAUUCGAUAAAUACAUCUCUAAGCUUAAAGUACCCGAUUCUAAUUAUGGUGGAAAAAUCCCUAUUGUAUGCUUUGCUCAAGGAGGUGGGAAGGAGACAUUGAAGGCUGUAAACACAGCCAUUAGGAGUAAGAUCCCAUGUUUGGUAGUGGAGGGAUCUGGACAGAUGGCCAGUUUCAUUGCAAGCCUAGUGGAAGCUGAGGGCACUUCUCUUCUACCUUCAGUCAUCAAGGAGAAGCUGUUUCGAUUAUUACCCCGAAUGGUAUCUCGUUUGAAAGAAGAUGAGAUGGAGACCUGGAUACAAUGGAUUAAAGAAAUAAUGGAGAACGUGCAUCUUCUGACUGUGAUAAAGAUGGAGCAGGACGGGGAUGAGUUUGUCAGCCAUGCUAUUUCUUUUGCCCUUUACAAAGCUUACAGCACUAACGAGCAGGAUAAGGACAACUGGAGUGCACAGAUGAAACUGCUACUGGAGUGGAAUCAGCUGGAGCUGGCCAGUGAGGAGAUGUUCUCUAAUGACCGGAGGUGGGAAUCAGCUGACCUAGAGGACGCCAUGUUUGCAGCGCUGGUGAAGGAUAGGCCGAAGUUUGUGCGUCUUUUCCUGGAGAACGGCCUGAAUCUACACAGGUUUCUGACCAGCGAUAUCUUCCAUGAACUUUUUUCUCAACAUUUUAAUACCCAAGUAUUUCGUAACCUGCAUAUUGCCAGACACUCUUCCAAUGACUCUUUGCUCACCUUUGUCUGGAAGAUGGUGCUGAGUUUCCAACGUAGCCGCAAAGGGGAAAUGGAUAACCGUGAUGUCUCAGAGAUUGAGGAAUCAAUAAAAAAACAUCCUGUCCAUGUUCUGUUCAUAUGGGCCAUACUGCAGAACAAAAGGGAGCUGUCCAACGUAAUCUGGGAGCAGACAAGAGGAUGCACCCUGGCUGCGCUCGGUGCCAGCAAACUGCUAAAGAGCCUGGCGAAAGUAAAGGGUGAUUUCAAUGCUGCCGGGGAAUCAGAGGAGAUCGCCAAUGAGUACGAAACCACAGCAGUCGAGCUAUUCACGGAGUGUUACAGCAGCGACGAGGACCUGGCGGAAAGGCUGCUGAUCUAUUCUUGUGAGGCCUGGGGUAAGAGUAACUGCCUAGAUAUGGCAGCGGAAGCAGAUGACCAGCAGUUCAUAGCACAGCCAGGAGUGCAGAACUUCCUCUCCAAGCAAUGGUACGGGGAGGUUUCCAGAAAUAACAAAGUAUGGAAGAUUAUCUUGUCCCCUGUGUUGUUUCCUCUCAUCGGCUGUGGAUUCAUAUCAUUCAGGAAAAAGACAGAGUUAAAAAGAACCUUUCUAUCGAAUUACAUUUAUUUCUUCUCCUCUCCCUUUGUCGUCUUCUCCUGGACGGUUAUUUUCUAUAUUGGAUUUCUGCUUCUCUUUGCAUACGUCCUACUGAUGGAUUUCCAGCGGUACCCGACUGGAGCUGAGAUCUCAGUCUAUGUGCUGGUGUUUAUCUUGUUAUGUGAAGAGAUAAGACAGAUGUACAUGAGUGGAGUGAAGUAUCUUACUGAUCUAUGGAACAUUAUGGAUAUUUUAGCUACCCUGUUUUUCGUUGUUGGAGUUUUAUUCAGACUGUACAGCUCCAGCUCUCUAUACGCCGGCAGAGUCAUUUUGUGCCUGGAUUAUAUAAUUUUCACUAUCCGUCUCAUCCACAUCUUCACUGUCAGUCAUCACCUUGGACCAAAGAUCAUUAUGCUGCAGAGGAUGCUUAUCGAUGUCUUCUUCUUCCUUUUCCUCUUUGCUGUUUGGAUGAUUGCCUUUGGAGUGGCUCGUCAGGGAAUCCUGAGGUGGAAUGAGCAUCGAUGGGAAUGGAUUUUCCGCUCUGUUAUUUAUGAGUCGUACCUGGCUAUGUUUGGACAACACUUCGAGGAAAUGGAUGGCACCACUAUUGAUUUGGACCACUGCACUUUUACUGGGAAUGAGUCAAAACCGCUGUGUGUAGAGCUGGAUAGCCACAACAACCAUAGAUUCCCCGAAUGGAUCACAAUCCCCCUGGUCUGUAUCUACAUGCUCUCCACCAACAUCCUGCUUGUUAACUUGCUCACUGCCAUGUUUGGAUACACAGUGGGCUCAGUGCAGGAUAACAGCGAUCAAGUAUGGAAGUUCCAGCGGUACUUCCUGGUUCAGGAAUACUGCAACAGACUGUCCGUUCCAUUCCCCUUUGUCAUCAUCGCUUAUGUCUACGUAAUGCUAAGGAAAAUGGUUAGCUGUAUUCGCCAGCAAGAAGGACCUCCGCCUACACCCUGCUGUUUCAAGCAGGAGGAUACUGAGACGCUGUCCUGGGAAGCUCUGAUGAAGGAGAAUUAUUUGGUGAAACUUAUCAGCGAGGCAAACAACACCAUGGAGUUGGAGUACAGGUUCAAGGAGUUGGAAGCAAAGUUAAAUGACAUGAAAGUGUUACUGAAUCAUAUUAACAGCAAGAUAAAGUGACAUCCUGUACUCAGGGAAAACAAGAAUAUAUGUUAAACAUUCAAGAGGCAAAGAAACCCGGUAUAGACAGGACAGUGUGUCCCACGUUCAGUGAAGAUUUCCAUCAAGCGUUGAAGAUGUCAAAUAACAUGGACUGAAAUGGAAAGAAUAUAGACAUGUCUUCAUCCAGUGUUUGUAGGCUUUGUAACAAACUAGACAAAAGGAAAAGGAUAUUAGGUUCAUUAAAAUAUGUAAAAGUG